AUGAGUCCAGCAAACAGCCUUGCUGUGGCUAACAGCAGCCUGUACAACGCGCUCAGAAUCCCACAAACCGGAGACAUCGACUGCUUUGCUGGGAGGGAGACCCAAAGCCAGUGCCUCCACACACUUCCAAAACGGCGACGAGCAUUGAUUAAGCCAAUUGUGCAAGCCCUGGCUGUUCAUGAUUCCAACGAUGAAGACCAGAAGGCCACCAUUGAGGCUUCUCUCCUGGACUUGGCCAAGAAACUUGUCUGCCACAGGCCAGAAAAGAUACACACGGAAACGCUGGUGUUUGAUGGAGACAGCUUUUCGAAUCCCGUGGACUAUGCCCAUGCCUUGUUGGCUAGGAGGUUCUAUAACUGGCUCAAGAAGAAGAGCAAAGAAAAUCCAAGGCUGGUACAGUCUUCUCAGAAAUCAUCGACUUCCCUUCGAGAACGUGGAGCAGCGCACACGAGCAAACGAAACUCGGAUCAAAGUCAAUGUUUUGUCGUUUAUGACACAGACGACUACGAGCACUCGGGUGGCUAUCUUAGCGAUGAUGUGAUUGAGUCAAUUGAACAAGACAUCGAUUUAAGCCACGAGGAAGCCAGUUCCGAACAAGAUUCUGAAGAUGAAGGGAUGGACGAGUGUACCCGUCAGACAUCUACACAGCGGGAACUUCGACGUCCUAGACUUACUAGGGAGAGCCCACUGGGAGACUGGGAAAUCCCCAGGACGCCUCCAAGAAACCACGGCUCGAGACAUCGCAACAUUUAUUCCAGGUCACCAGGCCCGCUAUCAUACCCAACACCCACAGGCGAUGCAUUCCUUGUCUCACCAGGGUCUGUCACCUCGCCAGAUCCUAGUGAGAUCUUCACACCAUAUUCGACAGCCUCGACACCAUAUUCUACCUUUAGCACUGAGGGGUGCGAAACUCCACGAUCUUCUUUUCGCCAGAGAUCCUACAAUGAGAGGCAUAUGGAAAGCCCAACGCGCAAAAACAUGCAGACAGAUGUUGACCUCCUUUCAAGCGAUAUGAUGAUGAAAAUGAAACUCAACGUGGUUGACUUGGUUGACCAGAGUGAGGAAGCUGGAUCAGAUGCGGAGUCAUCGCGAUCUCGUCGCUCCAUGACCUUCGAUGACACGGAGAAAUCGCCAGUUCAUGAUAUUAUAAGUCGAGUGGCAAAGCCAGUCAAAUGCUUGAGACCUGGGUAUAUAUAUUGCUUUGCCGAAGGGUCAAAGCCUGGAUUCCUCAAAAUUGGAAGCGUACUGUGUCCCGAGUUCAGCGAACCCGAUCAAGUGGAAAGGAGGAUAGACGAAUGGAAGAGUGACUGCAAACAUGACCCGGAAUACAAAUUCAGGGUCUUCAUGCCCUGUGCUGUUCAGAAGAUGGAGAAAUUGAUCCAUCGAACUUUGCACAGAGAGAAAAAGAAUGCCUCUUGUCCGAACAAAGCAUGCACGACGAAGCACCGGGAAUGGUUCAAGAUAGAGGAAGACGAGGCACGCCGAGUUAUCAAGAUCUGGCAACAGUUCAGCAAGUUGAGUCCCUAUGAUGGCAAGGGCGAUUUAGAAGAUCAUUGGGUCCGGUACAAACCGACACACCUAGACGACGAAUGUCUCUGGAAUACCAAAAGGUGGUUAGGCACAGAGUGGGUUAAGUUUAUCACAGAGACUGUCGAAAUCUUGAUGCAAGAGAAGCAGAGAGCUGUGGAGCAAUAUCUUGCAGAGAUGGGAUAA